AAUAACACUUGGUGUGGGUUCCCUGAGGGAACUUGUCAUAUUUUUUUAUUUAACCACAAACCAAUGGGGUACAUAGCUACUCUUCAUCUUAGUGAAGAAGUAUAAAAGACGUGAGAAUUCAGCGUAAGACAUCAGAAUCUGUUCAGUGUUUAAACGGCUUUCAAUUGGGAAGAAAUAACAUUGCAAACAUGAAGACAUUUGUCAUGGGACUAUGGCUAGUCUGUGUGAUAGCUUCUUUGUGGUCCACUGUCCAAUGUCAAUCCGAAGAUGACUUUACAUACUAUCCACGGACUCUCCGACCAGAUCUAGACCCUAGUCUGCCUUGGCCGAUAGGUCCGACUCGAAGGCCAAAAGCCGCACCUCCCCGCACGGGAUUCGAAUACCGAUUCCGCCGAUCUCCACAAGGUUCAAUUCAAGGUGGCGUUAUGGUGCCUGAACAGGGACGUCCUCAGGCCAAUGUAGAUUACAAUCAAAGAGUAUUUGACAAUGGAAAAUCAACCCUGGACACUUACGGUGGUGCCUCGACGCAGGAUGGCAGACACUUUCAGCCUCACGCUGGAGCUUCAUACGAGUACAGACCUCGGGACAAUGUUGUCGUCAGGGGUCAGGGCAGUGUUCAAAAGGGACCUGGUGGCAGAUUCGUACCACAGUUCGGCCUUGGAGUAGACCUGGAAUUCUAAUUAAAACGAGAGUUCAAUCGAGGAAUUAUUUUGGCAUGAAAUUUCAAUGAAUAUGUAUUGCACUAUUAGGUGAAAUUGUUGAUCAAUAAAAAAUCAGGGGAAUCACAUA